AUUCCCAUGGCCCGGGCUCUGGCAUCCAACCUGCUGCCGCCGCGGCCUGGCCGAGCCGAGUGAGUGCCGCGCGCAGAGCACACGCUCGCACUCCAGCUCCCUCCUUCGCGGUUCAUGACCGUGCGCUCUGCCCGCAGCCUCCGCCAGCCCGCGCCGCACCUCCGUUGCCCGCCGCCCGCCGCCGCCGCCGCCGCCGCCGCCGCCGCCAGCGCCCGGGAGGGAAGGAAGGCAGCGAGGCAGGCGCAGCUGUGCGCCCCGCAGAGCCCGCUAGCCCGGCCCGCAGCCCGCUGGCACCAUGCUGCCCGCGCACUGCGCCCGCCUGCUCACGCCCCACUUGCUGCUCAUGUUGGUGCAGCUGUCCCCGGCUCGCGGCCACCGCACCACGGGCCCCCGGUUUCUCAUAAGUGACCGUGACCCUCAGUGCAACCUCCACUGCUCCAGGACUCAACCCAAACCCAUCUGUGCCUCCGAUGGCAGGUCCUAUGAGUCCAUGUGUGAGUACCAGCGAGCCAAGUGCAGAGACCCGACCCUGGGUGUGGUACAUCGAGGUAGAUGCAAAGACGCUGGCCAGAGCAAGUGUCGCCUGGAGCGGGCUCAGGCCCUAGAGCAAGCCAAGAAGCCCCAGGAGGCAGUGUUUGUCCCAGAGUGCGGCGAGGAUGGCUCCUUUACCCAGGUGCAGUGCCACACUUACACGGGGUACUGCUGGUGUGUCACCCCAGAUGGGAAGCCCAUCAGUGGCUCUUCUGUGCAGAAUAAAACUCCUGUAUGUUCAGGUUCAGUCACCGACAAGCCCUUGAGCCAGGGUAACUCAGGAAGGAAAGUCUCUUUUCGAUUCUUUUUAACCCUCAACUCAGAUGAUGGGUCUAAGCCGACACCCACGAUGGAGACGCAGCCGGUGUUCGACGGAGACGAAAUCACAGCUCCCACUCUAUGGAUUAAACACUUGGUAAUCAAGGACUCCAAAUUGAACAACACCAGUGUAAGAAAUUCAGAGAAAGUCCACUCGUGUGACCAGGAGAGGCAGAGUGCCCUGGAAGAGGCCCGGCAGAAUCCUCGUGAGGGCAUUGUAAUCCCCGAGUGUGCCCCUGGGGGCCUCUAUAAGCCAGUGCAGUGCCACCAGUCCACUGGCUACUGCUGGUGUGUGCUGGUGGACACGGGGCGCCCACUGCCUGGGACCUCCACACGCUAUGUGAUGCCCAGUUGUGAGAGCGACGCCAGGGCCAAGAGUGCGGAGGUGGAUGAUCCUUUCAAGGACAGGGAGCUGCCAGGCUGUCCAGAAGGGAAGAAGAUGGAAUUUAUCACCAGCCUACUGGAUGCCCUCACCACGGACAUGGUACAGGCCAUUAACUCAGCAGCGCCCACUGGAGGUGGAAGGUUCUCAGAGCCAGACCCAAGCCACACCCUGGAGGAGCGAGUGGUGCACUGGUACUUCAGCCAGCUGGACAGUAACAGCAGCAAUGAUAUCAACAAGCGGGAGAUGAAGCCCUUCAAGCGCUACGUAAAGAAGAAAGCCAAGCCCAAGAAAUGCGCCCGGCGUUUCACCGACUACUGUGACCUGAACAAGGACAAGGUCAUCUCACUGGCUGAGCUGAAGGGCUGCCUGGGUGUGAGCAAAGAAGUAGGACGCCUCGUCUAAGGAGCAGGAAACCAAAGGGCAGGCGGAGAGACCAGGGAGGCAGGACGAAUCGUCAGACACCUAACCUUCGACGUUGCCCACGGCCCAGCCACAUCCCAUGUAACAUGAGUGGUGCCCACCGUGUUUGCACUUUUAAUAACUCGUAUCUGCGUGUUUUCUUUUUGGUUUCAUUUGUAAACACCAAUAUCUAAUACCACAGUGGGAAAAGGAAAGGGAAGAAAGACUGUUGAUUCUUUCUUUUAUUGUAAGUUUUUGGAUCUGCUACUGACAACUUUUAGGUGUUUUUUUUGUGGGGUGGGGAGGAUGUUGUUGGGACUGAGAAGAAAGAGAUUUAUAUACUGUAUAUAAAUAUAUAUGUAAAUUGUAUAGUUCUUUUGUACAGGCAUUGGAAUUGCUGUUUGUUUAUUCCCGUCCCCCUCCCUACUCUGGGUUAUGGGAGCUCUGGACACACAGCCCAGCUUUUCGGAACCCAGGACUGUAUCCCCAGCCCACCUGCGUUAUGUUUGGAAACUGACCGCUGUGCGCAUGUGCAUGGGAGCCCUGUGACUGUGUAUCCUGCAGACUCCCUCCGUUCCUUCCCGGUGGGAGGAGGGUACCGCCCCGUUGCCACAGCUAUCGAGGCUGACAAGCCACAUAACGCUUGGCCUUCUCAAGGGCAGUUGGGCUGGGGGUUGCCCUGGAGGGAGGGCAGUAGCCAGCUCAGGCACCACUCCUCCCAUGCCCACGUGUUCCUGUUAUCCAGACCCCCAGGUGGCCCAGGAUUGGUGGGUACACCGGUAUCCUAUUGACCCACAAAGCAAAUCUCCUCGGCGGAUUUGCCUUAGGUCAGUUGAAACAUUUUUUAGCAUCUACUCUGUAAAGUAUAGGGAGGAGAGGCAAAGAAGAAAAAGGCGCACAUGGGGCCACUUAUCUGGUAGAUGUUUCAUGUGUCAGCCGCAGAAGGAAGAGGACAGAAAGCGCUGUUGGUGAGCGCAAUGCCCACAGGAAGGCGCCUCACCUGCAGACUCACAGGUGAGGCUUUUGAGACCUAGCUCUCUCGCUCAAGGCCUCCAGGUGAGACUGGCUUUUUACCUCCACAUCCUCUCUCCUGCCCUCCCCCACCCCUGCCGCCUGCACUCCUCAGUGGUCCACACAAGCCUGAGCGAGGAGUUGGGUUGGUCACCUUGUAGGUAACUGACCGGUUUUAUUGUUUAACCCAAUGCUGACACGCUUCCUGUUCCCUCAAAUGCUCUUAAGGGCUUCUAGGCUUGAGGUCAAUUCCAGAGCAACCCUGACUUUGGGCCUCCAAUUUCUGCCUCCCCUGGAAAUGCAGGGAUAGUAACCCAGCUAGGGGGAACUCCUGGCCUAGCUUUCCACAGACGUUUUCCCAGGGUUCCAGUGGGGACUGCCCAGCCUUCCUCUGCCCAGGUGACCAUGUCCAUUCAGACAGAGAGCAACAACUGACCCUCAGCACCUCUCCCCGUGAGCAGCCAUGUCAGCAGGGAGGAAAGGCGGGUACCCCAGCAUGGGUGCCCUUAUUGGAUUGCUCUUGGGAAUCUGCCCUUGCAUCGCCUCCCAUCCUAGUAGUCCCAUAAGUGCACGACCUUGCAGACUGCACCCCAUCUUGGUCUGGAAAGCUUUGGCACUGUAAACACCAGCUUCCUCAAAACCCAGCCCUGGGGAGGGCCCGUCAGGGAGAAGCACGGCCUUUUGGGGGCUUGAUCUGAAGCUCUUGCUGUCCUGGUGAAAGUCCGAGAGCUUGUCUCGGGGAUGACUGGAGGCCCAUACUAACAUGGUAAGGUGGAAAGGGAGCCCUUGCUCAUUAACCUGGCCCAGAAAACUGUGUGCUGGAGCUGGAUGGGCCUUCAGCAGACCCCAGCCCCUUCUCUGGCCUGAAGGAAGCAAGUCAACACAGAGAAGGCACCUCCGGUAGAAAUCAGACCCUCCCCCAGGCGUCGUCUUGCUCACACAUGUGUAGGCUGUGUUGUGUGGUUUUCCUUUGUGAGGAGGGAGACUAUUUGUAGCUUGUUUUAUAAAAAAUAAAAAUGCGUCAACCUUGGUA